AGUUGACGUCGUCGACUCGUCGUCUCUCCUGUCUCUCGGGGACCACCCUUGCGUACUCCGCCACCAGCCGCUUUGCUUGCCUGCUACUCGCCGCCAGCCAAAAGCAGUCGCCCCCGUCCCGCCCGCCCGAAGCGACGCCUCACCUCGUAUCUGCUCGGUUCGCUCCGCCCGCCUCGCGAGGAGCUUCUGGAAGGGGGAGGGCCCGGCGGAGCCAUGGCGGAGGAGAAGGAGUCGACGUCGAUCCCGCUCAGCCAGGCGGCGGAGGCGGUCGACCCAGAGGACCCGGCCAAGUCGCCGCCGCGCCCCAGCUCGCCCACAACUUCCACCCGCAAGGCAUGCUGUGCUGUUCUUCAAAGUUGGGUGUCAAGAAAAUUUAUGACUGGAUGUGUAGUUCUUUUCCCUGUUGCAGUCACGUUCUUCAUCACUUGGUGGUUUAUUCAAUUUGUUGAUGGUUUUUUCAGUCCACUAUAUGCAAAACUUGGAAUCGACAUAUUUGGUCUUGGUUUUUUGACUUCUCUGGUAUUCAUAUUUCUGGUCGGAAUAUUUGUUUCUUCAUGGGUGGGUUCAACCAUAUUCUGGGUGGGAGAAUGGUUUAUAAAGAAAAUGCCAUUUGUAAGGCACAUAUACUCAGCAUCAAAGCAAGUCAGCACUGCGAUUUCACCAGAUCAAAACACAACAGCAUUUAAAGAAGUUGCAAUAAUUCGUCAUCCACGUAUUGGUGAAUAUGCAUUUGGAUUCAUAACGUCAACAGUUGUCCUUCAGACUGACAAAGGCGACGAAGAACUGUGUAGUGUGUAUGUGCCAACAAAUCAUCUGUACAUCGGUGACAUAUUUCUGGUGAACUCUGAGGAGAUCAUACGACCUAAUUUAUCCAUUAGAGAAGGAAUUGGUAAGAAAUAAUUGUUUCAGGAGGAAUGACCAUGCCUCAAGUGAUUGCAUCACUAGAGCCCACCCCGCGGAAAAGCCAGAACAUUCGCUUAAAUAGAAUGUGAUGAUGUAACACAAGUUACCGAAGCAACAAGAUAAAAAAAAUCACCAGCAUAUUAGCCCCAUCAGUUCUGUUUUGCAUCUUUACGGACAUCGAGUUGUGCAUCAAGCAGUUAGCGCUACCUGCGGACGGGCGACUCGGUGCUUGGAGAGGGGAACACUUUGUGCUGAGACGUCGUAGCAUUCCAAACGCGAGAGGAAGCAUCGUGUUGAUGGGCUGGGUUACUUUUGUAUCACUCUUGUUGUGGUACGCUUUGUGCACCGACUGGUCCGAAAUGUUAACGUCAACGCGCGAGAGUUGUAUGAGUAGCGUGCCUGAUUAAAUUGAUUGUAACAGUAUGUUGUAUAAUGUUGCCUUUGUGUCACAUUACAAGAAUACACAACCCUCCGACUUGGUUUCUUCUCAGAGAGCAACACUUUUUUUUU